AUGGUGUAUGGAUUGGGAUCUAAUAUAAGGGGUCAGCUCGGGUUUGGACACAACACACCCAUUCAUACACCACAACGAGUGCCAGAAUUAUGCCAUAAAAGUAUUCAUCAGUUUUUAAGCGGAUCUGACUUUGUAUUGGCUGUCAAUACGGAUAAUAAUGUGAUAUUCGGUUUCGGUUGCAAUGAUGAGGGACAAUUGGGACGGCAUGUGGAUAUGGAUGUGAAUGUAUUCGGGUGGGGGAGUAAUGGCUGGGGACAGAAAGUCACGAUAAGUUGAAUAAUUCAAUAUCAUUUGAAAAGUCAUUUGAUGUAAUAAAUAAGCUUGGUGAGGGUUGCUAUGGACAGGUAUAUAAAGUUCGCGAUAAAUGUAAUCAUGAAUUCUAUGCAAUAAAGAAAUGUCAAUUAUUUGG